CGCGCUUGGCGCCGGGCAGGGGGGCGUGGCCGGAGGCCGGACCGUUGCGCGGCCCUAACCGUCGCUGCCGCGGCUGAGGAGGAGCGCGGCGCUCGGGGCCCGGUCGCGCUGCUCGGCGGAGGCACGGCCCGCACGGCCCGCUGCGGCCGGCAGCCAGGAUUUGGAAAAUGCCGAACCGAAGGUUUGCUGAUGGCGAGGUGGUGAUGGGUCGUUGGCCAGGAAGUGUCCUGUAUUAUGAAGUACAAGUGACUAAUUAUGAUGAUGUUACUCAUCUUUAUACCGUUAAGUACAAAGAUGGGACUGAACUUGCUUUGAAAGAAAGUGAUAUAAAGUCCCAAUCAUCGUUCAAGCCCAGGAAGAGCCAGUCUUCUUCAAGUUCUCCUUCCAGAAGAAGUACUAGCAGGUCACGAUCUAGAUCUCCUGGUCGGCCAGCAAAAGGCAGACGCCGUUCUUCUUCCCAAAGCAGAGAACGUAAAGAUGACAAAAAGAAAAUUAUUCAGGAAACCAAUUUAGCUCUACUGAAACCAAGUGAGAACAACACCAGAAGGUACAAUGGUGAACCUGACAGCACAGAGAGAAAUGACACAUCCAGCAAAAUCUUGGAGCAAAAAUUGAAACCAGACCUGGAAAUAGAGCGUGUGCUUGAUAAGUACAGCUUGCGUCCAAGAGAAGAGGAAAAGAAAAAAGAAGAGAUAUAUUCAGAGAAAAAGGUUUUUGAGAUGGUAAAAACUACUGAGAAAGUAUCAUCAAAAACAAAAGAGCUGGAGUUUGGUGGAAGAUUUGGAACCUUCGUGCUGAUAUUUUUCCUACCUGCUACUGUAUUCUACUUGCUGUUGAUGUGUGAACAAGACGACCCCAGCCUUAUGAACUUCCCUCCUCCUAUGCCAGCACUUGAAAGUCUCUGGGAAGCUAGGGUGUUUGGUGUCUUUCUUCUGUGGUUUUUCCUUCAAGCUCUGUUCUACUUACUGCCGAUUGGAAAGGUUGUGGAAGGCCUACCUCUUUCAAAUGGAACAAAACUGCAGUACAGGAUAAAUGGGUUUUAUGCUUUUGUUUUGACUGCUGCAAUUAUUGGAAUAUUAUUAUAUUUUCAAUUCGAACUUCAUUAUUUGUACGAACACUUCCUGCAGUUCGCAGUAUCAGCUGCAGUUUUUUCUAUGGGAUUGAGCAUUUAUCUGUAUAUCCGGUCCCUGAAAGCACCUGAGGAAGACCUAGCACCAGGUGGAAAUUCUGGGUAUCUUGUUUAUGACUUCUUUACUGGACAUGAAUUGAACCCUCGUAUUGGGAGUUUUGACCUCAAAUACUUCUGUGAGUUGCGUCCAGGAUUAAUUGGCUGGGUUGUUAUAAACUUGGUGAUGCUCUUGGCUGAGAUGAAGAUACAUAAUCAGAGUAUGCCAUCUCUGUCAAUGAUACUCGUGAACAGCUUUCAGCUUCUUUAUGUGGUAGAUGCUCUUUGGAAUGAGGAAGCUGUUCUGACUACAAUGGAUAUUACCCAUGAUGGAUUUGGAUUCAUGCUUGCAUUUGGAGAUUUGGUAUGGGUUCCAUUUGUCUACAGUCUGCAGGCCUUCUAUUUAGUUGGACAUCCUACUGCAAUUUCUUGGCCUGCUGCUGCUGCAAUUAUUAUUCUGAAUGGUAUUGGGUAUUACAUAUUCCGUAGUGCAAAUUCUCAGAAAAAUAGUUUCCGAAGGAAUCCAGCAGAUCCCAAAUUGGCCUAUCUGAAAUUCAUACCCACUGCAACUGGAAAAGGGCUUCUUGUUACAGGUUGGUGGGGCUUUGUCCGUCACCCUAAUUAUCUCGGUGACAUCAUCAUGGCAUUAGCAUGGUCCCUACCCUGUGGUUUUAAUCACAUUUUGCCAUAUUUCUAUGUGAUUUAUUUCAUCUGCUUGCUUGUUCAUCGGGAAGCUCGUGAUGAACAUCAUUGUAAGAAAAAGUAUGGCUUGGCAUGGGAAAGGUAUUGUCGGCGCGUACCAUACCGCAUAUUUCCUUACAUUUACUAGAGCGCUCCAGAUACCUGUUUUGCAAAUUACUUCUAAAGUUUCUUUGCAAAUAAAAAUAUACCUCUUACCUUUGCACUUGGUCAAUUUAUUUAGGCUUUAAAAAAAAAAAAAGUGACCAAACAAUUGAGUGCAUCAAUGAGUAUUUGCAAGUAAUCCUAAAUACGUGAGUUAUGUGAACUGACUGUCUGUGACCUCAAUUUAAAAAAAAAAAUUGUGAAUUUUAAAAAGUCUUGGAGCCCUAAUUUUUCAAGUUAAAUUUUAUUUAGAAUCCUGAGUUUACACAUUUUUUUAUUACGUUAAUUAAGCACUGUGAUGUAAAGUAUAUUAUUUUCUUAAUACAAUAAAUAUGGAAGUUCCACCCAGAUAAUUUUUUGGUGUUACUUGUACCAUCUAACUUCAGAUGUCUGACUUACUUGCCUGAAUUGGAGGAGCAGGCAAUGCUUUUUGGUCAGUGUAGCCACAGGUGGAAAAUUCAGCCCCUGCAAGAUUCCUCCCCCUUCUAGCUUUUUUGUUAGUGGGAUUUUUGGUCAGGAAGGUUCAGGUGCCCCCUUCUGACCAGUGGCUGUAGAAGGGAUGAAUGAACAGAAUGAGGAGGAGGGCACAAAUGCUUCCUCGUUAUUCCUGAGGCAACUUCAACAGGGGCCAAGAGGGACUCUGUGCUGCCCCUGGCCCCGUCUAGAGGGACGCCACACUUCUGGCUCAGAUUCCUGAAGGUAGAUGAUACAAGCGCUCACUUCAGCUGCAAAUGGAGCUGAAGAAGUGAGUAGCGAAUCCUAAUCCUGCAUCUAGAAACAAACACAGGGGUAGCAAAAGUUGCAAUGAUGCAUGAUUGAAAAGAGUAAAAUGACCACAGUUGGCUUAUUCCAAUCUUUGUAAAAUAUGUCUUAAUGUACCAUAGCAUUUACUGAGUGUGUAUAAUAAAGCUUCCACGUUUUUGCUGUACAGUGUUUGGAUUUGAAAAUGUGAUAACCUUUUUAGGAGCAGGAGACAUUUUUUAACUAAAUCAAUUUCCAGCCAUUAAAAAAAAGUUCAUUUAAUAAAGAUUUUUGUAAAUUAAUGUAUUAAUUCUCAAAACAAUUGAAGUGUUCAUGACAGAUAUGCUAUGAAAAUGUAGGAAGUGCUCCUCAUUCCAAAGUUGUUUUUUUUUUGAAUUUGGCAUUGCUACCUCAUAUGUAGGUUUUGCCUUUUGUACUGUUGCAGAUAGAGAAAAUAGCUAUUUUUUGCUACUGCUAUUUAAAACGUUUUUUACAUGAGCCUGUGGUUUAACUUGACCACUUCCUAAUAUAUUUUUGUAUAUAUUUGACUUUUUAACUGAUGUAUGUGUUCUAGUCAUUAGCUGUGUUCUUUGUCUAACUGGCUGUAAAUCAGAUGCCAUUUCAGUAUUUCUUAAGUAGAAUAAUUUUAUAUUUUACUGAAAUAAUCUUGUAUUGAUUAACUAGAACUACUAUUCUGUCUUCACAACUGAUAACUUUUCACAUACUUCAUAAGUGAGGUUUAUAGCACAAAUUCUCUCAAAGCUUAUUAGAAUCUUAAAUGUGUAGUAGAGAAGGAAUUGCAGGUACAUUUGCAGUUGCUUGUGGGAAGGUUAUUAACAAAUCAGAAUGAUGCUAUUUUUAAUUAUGGUCAGUUCUCUUGAAAUGUUGAUGUAAUUGAAGUUUAGCAUGUGGAGUUUCUUUUUUUUUUAAUUAAAAACCCUCUUUUUGUACACAGACAUUUUUAAUGGUAAUUGUACAUUUAAAGUGUAUAUAAUGUAGCUUGCUGAGCUUGAUUUUCGAGUGUCUUCAGAAAAUCUGUAUUUUAAUGUUGUAAGGAAAAUGUUUUAGGACAAGUACAUUGCUUGCUGGAAAAAGAGCAGUGCCUGUAACAACACUGAAGAGCAUUCACUCCUGUGAAGUAGCAGAUGAAACUGGGAUUAUUUUUUUAUGAUUGCUCAGUGGGUUAAUGGGAAACGUAGCAAUCAUUUAUCUGCACGAGCUGCUGUUUUAACUGCAGCUGGUGUUUUAAAAAUAUACUGGAGCUGGGGACGUUUUAACUCACCCUGUGAACUCUGAGAUGCUACUGCCAUCCCAAUUUUAUCUGUUGCCAUACAAGAUUAUUAAAAUGUAAUUCAGACUCCUUUUCUUUCAGAAACAGAUCUUGAUUGAUAAUAACUUGAGUUUGUUCAUUUACAUGCUGAGUUUUAUGUGAAUUUGAUUUUGAAGUAAUUGUUUUUAAUACAAACAAGCCUAUAAGCUAAAAUAAAGCUCUUGCUUAAAAU